GUUAAGAAGUUAAAUAACUUGAUUAAGAGGUUAACGUGCAUUGCAGGAAAAAGCUUUGGAUUGAAGAUCUUGUACGGCACACAUUAUCCAAAGAUCCUUCCUUUCUGCAACUUCUCAUCUUGCCUUAUUCCUUAAUUUAUUCUUUUUCUCUCUCUCAAUUCUUCUUCAUAUUUCAUAUAUAUAAUCAUCUUCCAUUCUUGUUAUUUCUUAACAAGAUUUUCAAUAAGCUUUGUGCUUUUGCUUUGGUCUUCAACUUUUCUAUUUUGUUCAUCUUUAGGAAGCAAAACUACUGAAUUGACUACUCUACCCUUCUAUGCUGUGAUCAAAAGAUAUAUAGAAAUAAGUUUACUUUUUUGUUACAUAGAUAUAUCUGCAUAUUGUGAGAAUUAUCAUGCCUUGUGAAACAAUGGAUUUCAAAAGUUUUUCUUCUUCAUCAUUGUUUUCCUCUGAAGAUUCUUGUUCUUCUACUGAGAGUCAAGCUGGAUGGUGGAAAUCAGAUAAACCUUCCAAAGGCAAUGAUUCUGAUCAAGGAAUAAAACCCUUUGAAGAUAGUAAAGAAGAUGAUAUAGUUGCCUCUCGGCACGAAAGCAGCCUUUUCUCAAGUUCUCUGUCAGAUUUGUUCAGCAAGAAAUUGCGAUUAUCUGCGAAUAAUGCUUUCUAUGGACAUUCAGUGGAUACAAUUGCAUCAAAUUAUGAGGAAGAGAAGCUUUCUGACUCUCUUGAAGAACUCGAGGCUCAAAUUAUUGGAAAUCUACUCCCGGACGAGGAUGAUUUACUUUCUGGAGUGACCGAUGGGAACAAUUACAUCAUUUGUGAUAGCAAUGGCGAUGACAUAGAUGAACUAGACCUUUUCAGUAGCAAUGGAGGUUUUGAUCUUGGAGACGUUGAAAAUCCAUCCUCUAUUGAAAGGAAUUCUGAAAUCAUCAGUGGAGUUCGUAAUAGCUCAAUCGCCGGAGAAAACUCUUAUGGCGAACACCCUUCUAGAACAUUAUUUGUGAGAAAUAUUGAUAGUGAUGUUAAAGAUUCUGUGUUGAAAGCUCUUUUUGAGCAAUUUGGUGAUAUUCACACUUUUGAUAGAACUUGCAAGCAUCAAGGGAGUGCUAUGAUAUCAUAUUAUGAUAUUAGAGCUGCCCAAAAUGCAAUGAGAGCACUCAAUAAUAGACUCUUCGGCCGCAAGAAGUUCGACAUUCAUUAUCCUAUUCCAAAGGAUAGUCCUUCCAGAAAUGGUGUUAAUCAGGGAACGCUUGAAGUAUUUUUAUAUGAUUCAUCAAUUUCAAAUACUGAACUUCAACAUAUAUUGAAUGUUUAUGGAGGAAUCAAAGAGAUUCAUGAAAACCCUCGCAGUCAGCGUCACAAGUUGAUCGAGUUUUACGAUUUUAGAGCUGCAGAUGCAGCUCUCCAUGGUAUAAACAGAAAUGAUACUACCAUGAAGAGGUUAAAGGUUGAUCAAAUGCAAUCUACAAACUCAGAAAGCAAUAUCAUUCAACCGAUGCAUCCCGAAUUCAAGCAAGAAUGCGACCUCUGUCUUCAUCAGAAGAGUCCUCUUCUUAAGCCAACAACUAGCUUCCAAGACUUGCAUGGUACCUCUUCAAGUGUUCCGAAUAUGUUACCGUCUAUAAUGAAAGUUAAAUCAGUUGCAAACCAAUGUGAAUUUGCUGAAUCUAGUUCACGAGGCCAGUUGAACUUUGAUACUCAAGCUGCAUUAACUUCUCAUCCUCAUUCCCUCCCCGAACAGCGUCGUGGUUUUACUAGCGGUGUUCACCAAAACCCUCAUGAAGAGGCUGCAAACAUCAAUCUCCAAACACCGGAAAGAAUAGAUAACAUGCAGUUUUGUCAAGUUAACUCCAAUGGACCCUUCAUAGAUUUUGAUAAAUGUGUUUCAAAUUCCUCUGCUAAUAUAAGCUCAAGUUUCCCACUUCCUGUCCAUCAUGAACAAUGGAGCAACUCCUAUCCGCCUCCUCGAACAAUAUGGCCGAAUUCACCGUCAUAUUUCGAUGGGAUUUAUGCAGCAUCUACCCUGCAAAGAUUGAACCAACUUCCUAUGUCACCAUCACAUAUGAUAACCACUGUUUUACCAACAAAUAACCAUCAUAUUCAAUCACCUCCAUUUUGGGACAGAAGAUAUACCUAUGCAGCUGAACCUAUAACACCACAUUGUGUUGACUUUGUUCCUCAUAACAUGUUCCCUCAUUUCGGACUCAACGUCCAUAACCAAAGAGGCAUGGUGUUUCCUGGUAGAAACCAUAUGAUUAAUUCAUUUGAUACAUACAAACGCGUUCGAAGCCGUAGAAAUGUUGGCGCAUCAAACUUGGCUGACAUGAAACGAUAUGAACUUGAUAUUGACUGCAUUAAAAGGGGCGAAGAUAACCGAACAACACUUAUGAUUAAGAACAUUCCUAACAAGUAUACUUCCAAGAUGCUGUUGGCUGCAAUCGAUGAACACCAUAAAGGAGCUUAUGAUUUUGUGUAUCUACCAAUUGAUUUCAGAAACAAAUGCAAUGUUGGAUAUGCAUUCAUCAACAUGACUAGUCCCAGCUUGAUUGUACCAUUCUAUCAGGGUUUCAACGGGAAGAAAUGGGAGAAAUUCAAUAGUGAGAAAGUGGCAUCACUCGCAUAUGCUCGCAUACAAGGAAAAGCAGCCCUCGUUGCUCACUUCCAGAAUUCAAGCUUAAUGAAUGAGGAUAAGCGCUGCAGGCCUAUCCUCAUCGACACUGAUGGUCCAAAUGCUGGUGAUCAGGUCCCUUUCCCAAUUGCCAUGAAACCUGGAAGAAUGAGAAGCAGCAUUCAUGAGGAAGACAGUAUUUCAAAGGAAUCAGACUAAGGAAGUCACAUUUGUUUCUUUGCCAUCUCAUUAAUUUUAGUGAAUCACUAACCAGAUAACUCAAAGUGAUUUCGUUAUGGUUACACUAAUAAAGCUUCUCAUAUGCGGAGUAUAUGUACAUAAGUUCCAAUACUUCAAUGAAGCCAAGAAGUUUUCCAUUUCAUUUGUCUUUUGUUAUUAAAUCCUAAACAUGUUACACCAAGUGUCAGUGUCGGGUCUGGUGUCUGUGUCAGUGCUUCACUAACAUAAAUAGGAUUUGUCUCAACUUUUAGCGUGCAAGUCAAAGAUUACAUGUACAAGAGUUUCUGAAUUAUGAACAUUGGAGAGACUUGUAUAGUGAUUCGAGGGAUUUUUUUUUUUCUUUUAAAUUUUAGGUUGCCUUUAUCAGAUUUGGUGUCCACCUCUCAUUUUUUUAAUGUAAUUUUUGAUGAGCUAAUUAUGUAUUUUGCUUUGCUAA